AUGGUUACAAUAAAAGCAGAGAAAUGUAUGAACAAGUCAGACUCAAAAACAAGUGGAGAGAUAGUGCUUGUGAUUGACAAAAGGGACUGGGGUACACUAGAGGUGUCUCCAAGACUGCAUGAGAGUAACCAAAACCCAGGUACACUAGAGGUGUCUCCAAGACUGCAUGAGAGUAACCAAAACCCAGGUACACUAGAGGUGUCUCCAGGACUGCAUGAGAGUAACCAAAACCCAGGUUCACUAGAGGUGUCUCCAAGACUGCACGAGAGUAACCAAAACCCAGGUACACUAGAGGUGUCUCCAAGACUGCAUGAGAGUAACCAAAACCCAGGUACCCUAGAAGUGUCUCCAAGACUGCAUGAGAGUAACCAAAACCCAGGUUCACUAGAGGUGUCUCCAAGACUGCAUGAGAGUAACCAAAACCCAGGUUCACUAGAGGUGUCUCCAAGACUGCAUGAGAGUAACCAAAACCCAGGUUCACUAGAGGUGUCUCCAAGACUGCAUGAGAGUAACCAAAACCCAGGUACACUAGAGGUGUCUCCAAGACUGCAUGAGAGUAACCAAAACCCAGGUACACUAGAGGUGUCUCCAGGACUGCAUGAGAGUAACCAAAACCCAGGUUCACUAGAGGUGUCUCCAAGACUGCACGAGAGUAACCAAAACCCAGGUACACUAGAGGUGUCUCCAAGACUGCAUGAGAGUAACCAAAACCCAGGCAUACUAGAGGUGUCUCCAAGACUGCAUGAGAGUAACCAAAACCCAGGCAUACUAGAGGUGUCUCCAAGACUGCAUGAGAGUAACCAAAACCCAGGUACACUAGAGGUGUCUCCAAGACUGCAUGAGAGUAACCAAAACCCAGGUACACUAGAGGUGUCUCCAAGACUGCACCAAAACCCAGAGAGUAACCAAAACCCAGGUACACUAGAGGUGUCUCCAAGACUGCAUGAGAGUAACCAAAACCCAGGUUCACUAGAGGUGUCUCCAAGACUGCAUGAGAGUAACCAAAACCCAGGUUCACUAGAGGUGUCUCCAAGACUGCAUGAGAGUAACCAAAACCCAGGUUCACUAGAGGUGUCUCCAAGACUGCAAUGA